AUGACCACCACCCCAGCAAAGGACAAGGAGACCGCCGUUGUCGAGACCAAGGCCGAAGAGCCCAAGCUCGAGGCGGCUCCCGUUCUCACCGUCGAGGAGGAGAUCCUGACCAACAUCAUGCUCAUCGGCCGCGCUGUCGCCACCAUUGAGCCCCGCUUUACCACCCGCGUUCUCCGCACGCUCACCACACUCCGCAAGAAGCUUACACGGAAGGCGCUCAAGGAGGUGCUGGACCGCGCGUUCCCCAAGGGAUCCAAGACUGGCCAGCAGCUUAUUGCCUCGUCACUCUUUGCCCUUAUCCCCGAGGCCGCCGACGAGGGCAUGGACGUCGACGCCGCCCCGGCCGCCGCCGCUGACGGCACUGUCGCACCGGUUGCGUCCACCUCGAAGAAGUACACUCCUCCUGUGGACAGCAGCAACGGCGACCUCAUUCCCGAGGGUGUCGUUUAUCUGCGCUUGCUCGUGCUUCUUGCUGCCCUCGACGCUGGCAAGGUUGUCGAGGCCGGCGAGUUUGCGCUCGAGACCGUCGAGAUGGUCCAGGCCGCGAACAGGCGUACCAUGGACCAGAUUGCCGCCAAGAUCUACUUUUACCUCGCACGCGCGUACGAGCUCCAGGACCGUCUUGCCGAGCUUCGCCCCACCCUGCUUGCCGUGCGCCAAACGGCCAAGCUCCGCAAGGACGAGGUGCUCGAGAUCACGGUCAUCAACCUCCUCCUCCGCUCCUACCUCCAGUCCAACCUGUACGACCAGGCCGACAAGCUGCUGUCCAAGAUUGAGACUCCUCCCAGCAGCAACUCUGCCCAGACCGCCCGCUGGCUGUUUUACGUGGCUCGUCUGCGUGCCGUCCAGCUCAACUAUGCUGAGGCUGCCGACCACCUCCUGACCGCCAUCCGUCGUGCGCCCAAGGACGAGGUCGCGCCUGGAUUCGUGCAGAUUAUCCACAAGUUCUACAUUGUCACCGAGAUGCUCACCGGCCGUAUCCCGGACCGCACCAUGUUCCGCAGGCCAGUGCUGCAGCAGGCUCUCCUGCCCUACUUCCAGAUUGUUCAGGCCGUCCGCAUCGGUGACGUUGCCGCCUUCCAGCGCGCAUUCACCACCCACGAGCAGGCCUUCCUCGCCGACUCGACCCACUUCCUCAUCCUCCGUCUGCGCCAUUUCGUCAUCCGCACUGCCCUCCGCACAAUCACGCUUGCCUACUCGCGCAUCUCGCUCCGCGACGUGUGCCUCAAGCUCGGCCUCGACUCGGAGGAGGACACCGAGUACAUUGUCGCCAAGGCGAUCAAGGACCGUGUCAUUGACGCCACGAUUGACCACAAGGGCGGCUUUAUGCAGUCCAAGGUCAAGAAGGACCUGUACGAGACCGACGAGCCGCAGCAGCAGCUCGCCCAGCGCCUCAAGUACGCCCUGGCAAUGCACAACGAGGCACUGCAGGGUAUGAGGUUUGCUGCCAACGUCCACCGCAAGGACCUCGAGACUGCCGCCGAUGCCCGCGAGCGUGAUCGCGAGAUUGCCCAGUUGAUCCAGGAGACGGAAGACGACCUCGACGAGCUCUAG